AUGAGGAUUGAGCAGCAAAACCCUGAUGAUGUUAGGAGUGACUGUGUCCACUUGGAUAAACUGAGUUCUGAAGACAUGGAGUGUAAGAUCUGCUACUCUGCAUACAAUCUGGGAAGUUGCAGGCCAAAAGUGCUUGAGUGCUGCCACCGUUUGUGCUUGAAGUGCCUCGUCAAGAUCCUGGACCUCCGUGAGUCACCUUCCAAUGUCUUGGUGUGUCCAUUCUGUCGGUAUGUCACCAAACUCCCGAAAGAGGCUGUGAUAAAGCUGCCGGAUGACAGCAAUCUGGUGGCAACACUGGCUCUCCAAAGCAUAAAUCAGAGGAACCUGCACUUCCAUCAGGACUCAACAACCGAGCUGCUCCUCAGCCCCAGACGCCUGAGCUCACUGACGGGUGGCAACGCUUCCCCCAUGUCCUACACGUCUUCUUCCACGCCGUACACCACCAUCCGGAGCUCCCCUAACUUUGUAGUCAUCACUAUUCUGGAGCCUCCACCUGCAUCAACAACCACCCAAGAUGUUCAUGCAUCAAACCAGAGCUCAUCCAGUCUGGAAUCUCUGGCAUCCAUCACACAGAGGUGGACAGUGUGGAACUGCGUGGCCCUGCUGUGCCAGACCUCAGCCCGGGCUCUGGUGUGGGUGCUGGGGCUCCUGUACUUCAGCUCGCUGCCAAUGGGAGUCUACCUGCUCAUCAUGAAGAGGACAACAGCUGGGCUGCUGCUGGUGAGCUUGGUGCCAGCCAGCCUCGUCACGAUCAUGAUCUUUGGGCUCUGCCAGUGUCUUUGUCACGAGCUCUGGCACCACAUGCCAUCAUGAUGA